GGGAAGAUAGUAAUUUGUAAUGUAAAGUCUAAAGACUAAAGAAGAGGUGCAAAACAAACAGUUUUAGCGAGUCGUAUGGACGCAAAUAGGCAUAUGAUUGCCUUGAAAAAUGGAAAUGGACUUGUACCAGAGGUACAAAUCACAGAUUCACAGAAACCAACAUUUAGAACAAUAGACCAUACUAUGACUAGAUCGGAAUUACAAUCAAUGCUCUCUAUAGCGAGACUAACACAAACGUACAGCUUUUAAGUUCAGAUUUCAGACGCCAUGUCAUCGCUUUCCAUCGUUGAUGGCACUCCAGCUGGCGUUGGGGGGUCCACAUCGCAAAAGCUUCCACCAUCAGAUGCGAAGCCGCACUGCGACUGUUCCAUCUGCCCAAAAUUUUCACCAUGCAUGUGGCUGAACAUGUGGGGAAAUGGGGAAGACACUGCGUGGAUCACAAUUCUGAUGUUGUGUAUCAUAUCCAGGCUGGUAAUGCUUAUGUAAUUUAUUUUCAUCGGCGUAACUCUGCCUCCUUCCCCUGCCGUCGUCAACACCAGGCUGUGUUCCCUAUCCAUAGUCGGCAACAGGCUUCCCGACGGCAGGCUCAACAGUUCCGAGGCAAGGAUCUUCCGAUUCGGCACAACGUGAAAAUGGAAAUUCGAGAGGUACAGAAAUCCGUUACCGGCCAGAAGGUUGGAGUCCUCCAAGGCGAAAACAGUCAUGGAAUUCAGCUUCGACAGCUCGGCGAAUUUCACUCUCAUCGCCAAUGCAACGAAUCUGUACCGGCUAUUCUCCAAUCGAAUGAUUGCGUCUUUCAGCAUCAGGUGCAUGAUAGAUAUCCUCGUUUCCGAUGAAGAAAUUGAUGACUGCGGAGGAAAUGACAGAGAAUUAAUAUGCUCCAUGCUGCACGAUUCCGGCGAGAGAUGAGCUACGAAGCCUCGGAUGCCAUGGAUCACGAUGACGCCAUUGUAGAACAGGUCUGGCUGGGUGAUCAUUGCACCAUUGACGAAAACCUGCGCUUGAUCGCGAAUCACGGAAGUAGUAGUCGUGAUAGUGAGGCAGCGGUUUUCGGCGAGAGUUUGGAUUUUAGUGCCAGACGCUAAUUUCCGAAGGAAUUCGAGCGGAUAUAGUCCAGGAACAGAGUGCUCGUGCAGGAGCAGUCGGAGAACGCAGGCGUGGCAGGUGAGGAUCGACGAAUCAGCAGGCGCGAAUAUAGUGAUCGGAGCUCCGGUGGAGAGAUUCACACCGGCGGCAGCAGUAGAUAACUCCUCGAACCCUAGAGAAUAGAGGAUGUUCGCGAAAGCCGGAGGCGUGUAAACAUUAGCAUCGACGUAAGAAGACUGUUCCGGUGAUAGUGGAAAUGACGGCGGAGGUGAUGAUGGUGAUUGAGCAGAAAGGUCGCUCGCGUCGGUUGUAGCUGCGGAUAUGAAGAUCGAGAUGAGAAUGAGUAAGACAAGGAGGAUCUGCAGUUGCAGAGUGGCGGUAGCCAUGGCGGUUUUUCCAGAGAAGGAAAGAGAUAUUGAAGGAUCGGUAUGU